AUGCCUAAAAAACAAUCUAAAGAUCUUAAUGAGAAUGAAGCAAUUUCGGAGAAUCCUUCAAAAUUAUCCAACAAGGGUCCAACGGGAAAGGAUAUAGAAUGCAAGCCUAAAAAAAGGUGCCCUCGCGAGCGCGUCGAGUUGUUGGCCCGCCCCAACUCGCGUCGUUUGCGUUCUUUGUGGGACGAGAAAUGUGCCAUCUUACCGAAAGAACGUAGGGACAAAAUCAAAAGUGCCUUGGAAGAAGAUUACUUCCUUAGCCCAGAACAAACAGAGCAGUACUUCCAAGCACUUGGCGAGCAGCACAAAAGAUGGACUGGGCCCGGAGGCCUGGUGUCCGGCGGCGCAGGAGGCGGAAUCAACCGCCGUGAGCAAGCCGAGCGCUCGCGUGAUCUUAAACAGAGACAGAAAUGGCUGGUCAACUUUAGUGCUCAGGUGGCUUACCGCAUGUGCGACUACAUAGCUAAAGGACAGACUGAAAUGUUAGUCUCAAACAGGCUGAGAAGCAUAGCCGAUGUUGUACUGGAACGUGUCGCUGAAAUACUUGGGGAGCCGAAGCCUACUCGAAUGAAUCCCGGCCGACUAGCGCGCUUUAUGGUGGCCAUAUCGGAUCGCAUCGCGGUAUGGAUUGAGAACGCGGUGUACCGAGCCGACGCGCUGGAACCUGCCGAGUCACACUGCGACGAGCACAUGCGGCUCGACGGCGAAAAACCGCUCCUUUAUUAGUCGACAAAGUAGUUCUGUUCGUGUGCUGCGUGCUGGCGCUAGCCACAGCCGCUCCUCAGUUCUUCACAGCCGGUGCCUAUGCGCCUUUCGCCACGCCCUAUGCCAGGACCGUAGUUGCCGGGCCUACAGUUUGGAACGGCGGCGCUUUCGGUGGUCGUUUCAUCGCGCCUGGCUACGUGGGACCUGCAUUCUUUUAAUCACCAUCACUCACCUCAACACUGGCCGUCCUGUUCGCCACCGUAUAUACCUUUCUAAAUCGU